AUGUUCAACAGCAGACACCCCAGCCUUAGCAAAAGAGGAGGAAUAUGGGGAUUGUGCAUCAUCUUGCUUUACUCCAGCCCUCUUUCCUGUUUUGCAAAAUUCAGCCAUGCAAAAGAGCUCAUCUAUAAGAUAAAGGAGGGAUUAACCAGGGGGACCUUCAUAGGGGCCAUUGGAGUAGACUUAAAUUUGGAUUUCACUGUUGAACCCCCCUUUUUAUUCAGUCUUCCACAAAAGAAGGUCAGUGAACAGUAUGUGAAGCUAAAUAAUACCACCGGUGAGCUUUACACAUCUGCUACAGAGAUUGACAGGGAGACCCUCUGUCCUGAUAACGCUGAGCGACAGGGAUGUGUCCUCUCACUGGAUGUGUUUGUUUUGCCCCAGCAAUACUUUCAGCUCAUCAAAGUUAAGAUCGUUAUUGAAGAUGUGAAUGACAACAGGCCAAAGUUCCCAGUGGAUGUGAUCUGCAUGUCAGUCCCAGAAAACACACCCAUCAAUGCUCGUUAUGCGGUGGAGCAGUCUGCAGUUGACCCGGACCUGGGUCUUCACGGAGUACAGACCUACUGGCUUGUUAAUGAUUUUGGCAUGUUCACACUGGAUGUUGAGGAGAACGAGGGAGGUGAGCUGACACCCUUCCUCAUUGUGACUGAGGCUUUGGACAGAGAGACCCAGGCCGAAUACAUUACAGAUAUCAUUGCAGAGGAUGGAGGGACCCCUCCUCUACUCGGAGCGGCUACUUUAAAAAUUGUUAUCACAGAUGUGAACGAUAACUGCCCCCAAUUCAGAGAGUCACAAAUCAAUGUCACUCUGCAUGGGAAUACCACAAAAGGGGCACAUUUGGCACAUCUGCAUGCUUUUGACCCUGACCUUGGUGCUAAUGCUCAGAUCAGCUAUGCUUACAGUGAACGUGUGCCAAGGGACACCAGAAGCUUGUUCCAUUUGGACAGAAUCACGGGGGUGAUCAAGCUAGCAGGGAAAAUAGACACUGGAACAUCCACGUUUUACAAACUCACUAUUCUGGCCAAUGGACCUGGUUGUAUCCCUGCUGUUGCCACUGUUAUUGUCCAUAUCAUCAAAGUUGUUACAGGACCCCCUGCUAUCAUACCCCGGUAUAUUGCACCAGAAAAGGAUGGGGUGGUGGCAAUAAAGGAGUCUGAGCCAGCGUUUUCUCCAAUAGCUUUUUUUACAGUCAAAAACAUUGAUAUGAACCAAAGGGUGGACUGUCAUUUGGAAGGGACUGGUCCCUUCAGGCUUGGCCCCUAUCAGCUAUUCAAGAAUGAAUACCUGCUAGAGACUACAGAGCCCUUGGACUAUGAGAAGACACAGGAGUAUGAGCUAAUUGUGGUUGCUAAGAAUACUCGAGAGCUUGUCAUCAAGACCUUCCUCAAGGUGCAGGUAUUGGAUGAGAAUGAUAACGCACCAGUGUUUCAACAGUCUUUGGUGAAAAUAUCUGUAGAGGAGAACAAUCCGCCAAAUACCUUUCUGGCCCAGCUCCAAGCCACAGACCAGGACAGUGAAAGUCGAGGGGAAGUGAUCUACCUCCUUGGAGGCGACGCCCCAGGGAUCUUUGUUGUGAAUCGUUUGACAGGUAUCCUGACAGUAACCACAUCGCUAGACCGGGAGGAGAAAGAGACAUACCGGUUUAUAGUAAGAGCGGUGGACCAGGGGACACCCAGGAGGGAGUCGAUUGCAACUGUGGUGUUGACCGUGCAAGACCGCAAUGACAACAGUCCACGCUUCAUCAAUAAGGACUUCACAUUCUUUGUGCCAGAGAACUUCCCAGGGUACGGUGAGAUCGGGGUCCUCUCUGUGACAGAUGCUGAUGCUGGGGAAAAUGGUUGGGUGGCCCUUUCCAUCCUCAAUGGCAGCGACAUCUUCAUGAUCGACACAGGCCGUGGGGCGCUGAGGGCCAAGACAUCACUGGACCGUGAGCAACAAGGGACAUACCAGCUCUGGAUUGAGGCCAUUGAUGGUGGGGAGCCUGCGCUUUCCUGUGUUACUAUGGUGACCGUGCUUUUGUUGGAUGUAAAUGACAACCCACCUAUUGUCCUCUUUCCUCAGUCCAAUCAGUCUUACAUGCUAGUACUACCCAGUACACUACCAGGAACAUCAAUCACAGAGGUCUAUGCUGUGGACAAGGACACAGGCAUGAAUGCUGUGAUCGCCUAUAGUAUCAUCAAGAGGAAAGGUGGUGAGCCAGGGUCAUUUGCCAUUGACCCAGAAACAGGAAAUAUCACAUUAAAGAGGGAGCUCAGCAACCGGGGCCUCUACAGCCUUCUGGUGAAGGUCACAGAUCAUGGUCAGCCUGAACCGCUUUACUCAACAGUAAUGGUUAACUUCUUUGUCAAUGAAACAGUGAGCAACGAGAGCUACAUCCAGAGUCUGCUGACCAGAGAAGCUGACAUUGAGAUAGAGGAGAGGCCCUGGUACAUUGGCCAGAUGACAGAGGGGCCUGAGAGGUAUGAGUUGUUCCCCUGUCAGCCUGUCCUCAUUGCUCUCUCAGUGACAUGUCUGGGGCUGUUCUUCUCAGUUGUUACUCUGACAUCUUACAUAUGCUGUAAGAGAAUUAAAAAGCACAGAAAGAAAAGAUUAGAAGUGGAUAUACCUUUAAAAAUCAAGAAUGACUCAAUGCAGGUAGUUAACAAUAAGCGCAGGCAGAUCUCAAACAUCUGA